UCAUAAGCUGCCCCGGAAGUGUAGUGUAGUAGCGGGCGCGAUGGCUUCAAGGUUACUUCGCGGAGCUGGAGCGCUGGUCGCCCAGGCCCUGAGGGCUCGCGGUCCCAAUGGGGUAGCUGCGGUGCGCUCAAUGGCGUCUGGAGGUGGUAUUCCUACAGAUGAUGAGCAGGCAACUGGCCUGGAGCGGGAGGUCAUGAUGGCUGCGCGGAAGGGACAGGACCCAUACAAUAUGCUAGCCCCAAAGGCAGCUUCAGGCACCAAGGAAGACCCUAAUUUAGUCCCCUCUAUCUCCAACAAGCGAAUAGUGGGCUGCAUCUGUGAAGAGGACAACAGUGCUGUCAUCUGGUUCUGGCUGCACAAAGGCGAGACCCAGCGAUGCCCUAGCUGUGGAACCCAUUAUAAGCUGGUGCCCCACCAGUUGGCCCACUGAGCCCCCGCAAUAAGUCACUCACAAUGUGCUGUAAAGUUUCUUGUCUUCGAUAAAGACUGGCCAUUGCUUUGGCUCCUCCCAGA